AUGGCUCUCGCAGCUCCGUCCCCAAACGCCAAAGCCGAAGUCGAAGCCCGCCAAAUCACCAGCGUCGGCCUCGUCUUCUACGGUGCCGAUAAUGACGCACUCUACAGUAUCACUGCUCCCACGGAUGGCUCUCUUUUCCAGACCAACCAACCCGAUCUCUCCGUCUCCAACAUCUACAACGCCGGCGGUGCGGUCUGCUUCAUCCGUGGUAGUGAGGGCAGUCAGACUACGGUGCCUAUCAAUGAACACCCCGUUGGCCCGCCUCAGCCGCAGAUUGAUGGGCGAUGCUACCACAAUUGA